GGCAGAGUUAUGAAUAAAAAGAAAAUGAAUAAAAAUACAAGAUCAAAAAGUACAGUUGAACAUGAUUUAAGCAAGAAAAAUCUUGAUAAAGAUGUAGAUGGUUUACUUUCUUCCACUUCAGGUAGAAGACUUGAAGUUGGUAACGAACUAGACGAAGGGAAUCGGCAUGCUGAUGUUGUCCUGAACAAUAAGAUUAAAACAAGAAACCAAUUGACAAAAAAGAAAAACAGGGGUCUGAAAAAAUUGCCUCGCAUAAUAAGUAAACAGUUUGCUAAGCAAACGAGUGAUAUCGAUCAUAUACGCUCUAGAAAAGUAACAUCAAUGAAGCAAAAUAUAAAACAUGUUAGUAAAUACUUGUACCCGGAAGACAAAGAAAUAUGUGAUACGAACGUCUUAACUCUUGUCAACAGCUAUAGUGGCAACGCACAAACAGAAUCACCCACAAAUAUGAAAAAAAGUUCAUUCCGUGUUUGUAAAAAUGAUGUUUUGCCACACGAAAGUGUCAAUGUAGCGGAGUCCUACAAAAAUCCUGAUGAUGCUGUAACUUUGAACGAGCCGACAAACAUGAAAUGUGAAUUUGAUUCGGAACAAGAUAUGAUCCAAGGUAUAGAACAUCGAGUUCUCGACAGAUUACUUAUUUCAGCUUUAAGUAACAUCAAUAAUAAUAACCAGUAUAAUGAUCAAAGUGACAACAAGGAAAAAAUAGAAGAACAAGAAACGUUUUCUCCUGUUAACAAAUUUAAUGAAGACGAUCUAACAAAAAUAUCAGAAACGGCUUUUGAAAAACCGUCCUUGAUUUAUCCUAAAAAACUUUCCUCCAAAAAGAGGAAGAAAUUAAUCAGUUUCAGCGACACUAAAGUAGAAAAACCCCCAUUGAAAACUAAGAGAAAAAACAGACAAAACAAUACACCGAAUAAAAGAAAAAAAUACCGUAGUUCAGACUACAAUAUUACCAUAGAUAGCAAAAUGGAAGUUGACGGUUUAAUUAUAUCAGCAUUAAAUGAAGGAGUUGUUGAACAUAAAAGCGAUGAGUAUAAUGUUAAUGACCAUAAAAUUUAUGAUGAGAAUUCAAAUUAUACACAAGAGCUAACCAAUUUACUUUUGUCAAACUUAUCACAUUUUCUUGAUAGUAUUUCAUAUCCAAAUUUCAUUUAUGAUGAAGUCACUAACGACUCCGACGGUACAAUUCACUUUAACUUUGAAAAGGACAAGAAAUGUACACAAAAGUCUAAUUCAGUUACUACUGGGAGGCAAGUUGAGUCUGAGAAAGAUUUUAUUGAUCAAAGUGGACACGUUCGUGAUUUGCAGUGUUGCCAAGUAACAGCACAUUCUAAAACAAAGCCCUAUUUUAUGGAUGACAAACUAUUUUAUGAAUCUCGCGUGGUAAAACAAAUAGGUUAUUGCGAUGUUAUCUCGGAAGAAGAUGAGACCCUCCUUGAGACAAAAACUGAAACAGAAUAUAAUCAUGGCAAAACAGCAUUAUCUGAACCAGAUGUACUUAACCAACCACAUUAUAAAGACCAUCAAAAUGUUAUCGCAGAAAAACAGAGCACUUUGGCAUCACAAACAGUAUCAGACCUUUGCUAUGAUUCUAUAGAUGACUUAGACAAAGAUGCGUAUAGUUUUAAGACAAAUAAUUUAAUGAAGAAUAAGAAAUGCGCGAGUGCCACUCAACAAACUCUUGACUUGUUGAAAUUGACUACUGACCGGAGCAUCAAUGUCAAAUGUUGCAACCGGCACAUAUCAAUUUUUACUUUACACUGUGGUUAUAUUAUAUUUACUACUAUAGUUGUGAUUUUCUUGAAAUUUUGUGUGGUUUAGAAUCCAAAAAAUGUCAUCUUUGUUGAGUGAAAGCUUUAUUUUUAAAUGAACAUUAGGUUCGCUUUCGCAUGUCGUAGGUGUUCUCCCGCUUUCC